UUGAGCCUUCUAAUCCGUUGCCUGCAGGAGCCUCAGGACGGACAGCAGGGGCUCGUGAGAGCGGGCAGGGCCAUCUUGGCCUUCUCCUGCAGACUCGGUCUGGAGGGGAUGGGGCAGCUGAGCCAUGUGCACCACCCUCUUCCUGCUCAGCACCUUGGCCAUGCUGUGGCGCCGCCGAUUCGCCAGCCGGGUCCAACCAGAGCCCAGUGGAGUCGAUGGGGCAGUUACGGGCGGCAGCUUGGAAACAGACCUCCAGUCCUCAGGCAGGGAGAAAGAGCCUCUGAAGUAAGCCCUGGCCUCUUCAGGCAGAGGUCAGCCCCAGGGCCUGGGAUCAGCUGGCAGCUCAAGUCCUGCUGUGCCCCCCACCCCCGAUGGAAACAGCAGCCGCAGGAGGGAGAGGGCCACGGAGAAGACAUUUCUGCACGGUAGAUGCAGAAAUGAAUUAAGACUUCCUGCCACAAACAACCAGAAAACUGAGCAAAAUAUAAGAAACAGGCACUUGACGACAGGCAGCACACAAGAUGGUGACCUUAUGACUGCCUCAGCAUCUGCCUCAGAUGGUUUCCUGCCUGCCGCGUGGGAAGGGCAGAUGACGCAGACCACAGUGGUCUCACUAGGGGUGAGGAGACAUGAUCAGAAUUCAAGAAAGUGCAGGGGGUUCCAAAGGAUAUACGCACAGAUCAAUGGCAUCCAAUGGAAUACAGAAAGCACUAACCAUAAAAGCAAAGUGGGUAAAUUGGACUUGAGCAAAACUGGAAAGACUGGGAGAGAAUAUCUGCCAAGCAAACAUCUGAGAAAGGACCUGUAACCAGAAUAUAUGAAGAGCUUUCACAACGCAGUAAGAAGAUAGGCCAAUAAAAAAAAGGAGGGUUUUAAUAGACACUUCACGGAGAAGUAUGCACAGGGCCAGUAAAUACACAGAAAGAUGCCCAGCAUCUUAGUCAGCAGGGAAGUGCAUGUUAAAAUCACAGUGAGAUACGAUGACACACCCGCCACAAGACGGACCAUAGCAGGUGCUGGCGAGUGAGCGUACAGAGCAAGUGUAACUGUAAUAAAACGUUGCUGGGGAGUGUACCUGUCGCAAACCACCUGGGAAGCCAGUUCAGCACUCUCCCUUGCAGUUACCCAAGAGGAAUGAAAACUUACAUCCACAAAAAGAUUUGUGCAGAAAUGUUCGUUGCAGCUUUAUUAAUCAUAGUUCCAAACUGGAAACAGCCUGGAUGUCCACCAGCCAUGCACAUGGAUAAAAAAUACGGUGGUAUAUUUGUAAGAUGGAAUAAUAUUCAGUAAUUAAAAAGGAAAUGAACUACUGAUGUAAGCCACAACACGGGUAAUUGAGAGAAGCCAGACACAAAAGAGUACCUAUGUAUGACUCCAUUUAUAUGAAAUUCUAGAACAGGCGAAACUAAUCUAUAGUGACACAAAGCAGAUCAGUGGUUGCCUGGGGCCAGGGCUGGAUGGAGACUGACUGUAAACGGGUGUGAAGGGGAUCUCUGGGUAAUGGAAGUGUUCUAAAUCGUGAUGGGGCUGUGGUUGCAUAGGUGUACACACUUAUUGGACUACUGCACUGUACGUUUUCAAUGGAUGCAUUUUCUUGUAUA